GUCAAUAUUCGUCCACCUGGAGAUUUCGUUCCUGGAGUGACCACUGUACCGUCUAAAAAACCAUCCCCGGCCUCACGGCGAUCAAACACUACACGGUUAUCAGUCCGCGGUGGACAGGAUCUCUUGUUAGUCGAUCUGAGAGGAAGCAAACGGGGUAAAAAUGAAUCCUCUCCGGGAUCGACCACAAGCCAGACAGAGACCAAUUCGAAUCCAACACGAAAUUUACUUCAGGUUCUUCCAACAGCACCAGCCUUGCCACCUCCUCCAUCCUCUUCCAGCAGUGGUCCGACCGAUGAGCUUUCAUUUUUCAUGGAUUCCAAAGAAUCGAAGACGAGUGUGGCCCGGCCCAGGGCUUCUGGAGCUCAAACUUGGAAUCGAAGAGCCACAGGGAAUUCCAAUUCCGGCCGCUUACAGUUCGAUCUAUUGUCUUUGGAUCCUUUAUUCUCGCCGAGGGCCACAGGCGGAUCACAUACUUGGGCAGUCCACGCAGAGCAAGCACAAAUGGCAGAGAAAAGUUUGCUCUCGGUUUCGGGCAUUGCUGAUUCAAUUCGCCGUUGCUCAAGUGCCAUCCCUCCAUCACCGGUCCCACCAGAUAAUGCAAAUCGCACCGAUAAGGCAGUUUGGGCUUCUUUCUGUUUCUCCAGUUUCGGUUAUGCAGUUGCUGCUGAUUUGAUAUUUCUUUUAGAACCCUUGGGCAAUCUAGAGAUUACCGAAUAUACAAAAGAAGAAGUAUCAUUACGAACGAUUUUAGACAGCAAAACCUCCGGCAAACAGGGUAGUGGUAGCAUUAUGCCAAUCCCAUCGUACAAUACGGCCGCAAUUGCACCAUGGAAUCAUGGUGUCCCGAGCCAACCCGGACCGAUUUCGGUGGCCGCGGCAUUUACCGAGACUUGGCGAGCACGGUUUCACAACGGUGGUGGGAGUUCUUUCUCCACUGCGGCUAUGAUCACUCCUCCACCAAUCCAAGCAGUAUCCGGCGAACUGACCCUGGCUUUUCCACGAAUCGCUAUUGAGCAAUUGAUCAAACAGUCUGCGUUGGGUCCGCUUGUUCUGCGACUAAACAAUGCGGUUAGAUUCAAAGAUAUUCAACUCAAAGUUGUCGGAUCGAGUAUGGUAGGUUGUCCGCUCGAGAGUGCCGUACCUAUGACAAGUCCUAGUACAGGCGUAACUAUGGACUUUGUCCUUACCAUCCCGGGACCGGUUCUCAUGGAGCGUUUUGUCGCCUUGUUGACCGAAACCACUCCGUCCAAGACCGGACCUAGUCAAGCCACUCAAAGCAACCAAACAGUGUCUUAUUUGAAAAUGGACAUCUUAUCCUACACGAUCGAUGUCGCCCAAGGCUCGGAUUGUGCUCCUUAUCCUGCUCUGUCCCCACCAAUUCAUCUGUGCACCUACUGGCGUUGUGAUCAAAUGGUGACAGAUUUCCGCCUGGAUUACACUACCCGGUGGCCAACCGACGGUCAAAUUACAAAUCGCGCCGGCCGUGGGGAUCUACGCAUUAAUCUGAAUGUUGAUGGUGGAGUUAAUCGAAUGCAAAGUCUUCCAGUUGGUACAUGGAUACCCGAGUUGAAUCGGGCCACUUGGCAAAUCCCACUAACGCCCUCUACGGACGAUGGAGGUAGCGGCACUCGUCAGGGUUCAGUUGACUCUUCCGGUACGGUACGUGCCAAAUUCACUUUGGAACGUGGUCCAGGUCGACCACAACCCGUCGCCCUUCAGUUCUUCCGGGAAGAUUGCCUAGCUAGUGGAGUUCAGUUGGUCCUUGAUUGUCCUGAUUAUCGACUCAGUUUGUGCAAACGUCGUAUUAUCGGUGAUCGGUAUAUCUGUGACCCCCCCAACCAUUCCAAUCGUUUCCAAUUGCAUCCACUCCCAGCUGUUAACAAACCCACUUCUCCUCCGACUCAACCCAGUCCACCUACUCGGGCUGAAGCCAGUCCUUCUCAUGCGAACGAUCGAUGGAUACAAUGUCCAACAUCUGCAUCGAAUGAAACCUAG